GUGGCCUCGGUGAGGGCAAGCUGAUCGCUGUGCUAGACCUAGGCGCGGGGAGAAGAGCGCGGCGACCAUGGAGCAGGGCGGCGGCGGCGACGGCCACCCCGGCGGAGGGGCGCGGCAGAGGGAGCUGGAGCGCACGGCCGAGGUCCUGGUCACCGGGGAGCAGCUGCGGCUCCGGCUGCAUGAGGAGAAGGUCAUCAAGGACCGGCGACACCACCUCAGGACCUACCCCAACUGCUUCGUGGCCAAGGAGCUCAUCGACUGGCUGAUCGAGCACAAGGAGGCCUCGGACCGGGAGACGGCGGUCAAGCUCAUGCAGAGGCUGGCCGACCGGGGCAUCAUCCACCACGUGUGUGACGAGCACAAGGAGUUCAAGGAUGUGAAGCUCUUCUACCGCUUCCGGAAGGACGACGGCACCUUCCCGCAGGAUGGAGAGGUCAAGGCCUUCGUGCGGGGACAGCGGCUCUACGAGAAGCUGAUGAGCCCUGAAUGCUCCCUCCUGCAGCCCCGAGAGGAGGAAGGCAUCAGGUAUGAGCGCACCUUUGUGGCAUCUGAGCUCCUGGACUGGCUGGUGCAGGAGGGCGAAGCCACCACCCGGAAGGAGGGUGAACAGCUCUGCCGGCGGCUCAUGGAGCAGGGCAUCAUCCAGCACGUGUCUGGCCGUAGGCCAUUCGUGGACAGCAACCUGCUCUACCAGUUCCGCACCAACUUCCGCCGUCGCCGGCGGCUGAUGGAACUGCUCAGCGAGACGUCCCCAGGUGCCCCUGAUGCACAUGACAGCCCCUUCUGCCCGCGCCGGCAGAGCCACGAUGCUCGCAAGGCCACCAGCUUUGUGUCAGUGAGCCCCAGCAAGGAGAUCAAGGUGGUUUCUGCGGGGCGCAGGAGCAGCCUGAGCAGCGGCGGCAGCAGCGGCUACUUCAGCAGCAGCCCGACCCUGAGCAGCAGCCCCCCGGUGCUGUGCAACCCCAAGUCUGUGCUGAAGAGGCCGGUCACCUCAGAGGAACUGCUGAGCCCGGGGGCGCCCUAUGCCAGAAAGACAUUCACGAUCGUGGGCGACGCAGUGGGCUGGGGCUUCGUGGUGCGAGGAAGCAAGCCAUGCCACAUCCAGGCCGUGGACCCCAGUGGGCCUGCAGCCGCCGCGGGAGUGAAGGUGCGCCAGUUCGUGGUGUCCGUGAAUGGGCUCAACGUGCUGCACGUGGACUACCGCACAGUGAGCAGCCUCAUCCUGACGGGCCCACGCACCGUCGUCAUGGAGGUCAUGGAGGAGCUGGAGGCCUAAGGCUCGGCGGCCAGCCGAUGACACGUCCGCGCCCCAGGGGCCCACACAGGCCGCCUGCCUCUGCUGACGCUCAUCUUAGGCCGAGUUUCCUACACUGCAAAUGAGGAAGAGUCAGGGAGCACUGUUAAA